AUGUUUGGUUGCAAGGAACGACGUUCCAAAAACAAACUUGUGCAGAGGGCGAGAGAAAUAACCAAGGUAAGCAUGUCACUAGGCAACACAUAGACAAACAAGUGGUCAGAUAACUUUAUAGCUAAGUACCUGGAAAUGUUUUAUAGUAUGCAUUUUCACUCUUUUCUAGAAAGAUGGCGAGAUGACAAACCGCAUUGCAGAGCUGGGCAGGUGUGUAAACUAUUCAGUUAUGUACUGUUGGGCUAAUUGUAACUGUAGCGUUUGAUAUGUUGCAGAUUCUCUCUCUCUCUCUCUCUCUCUCUCUCACUCUCUCUCUCUCUCUCUCUCUCUCUCUCUCUCGCUCUCUCGCUCUCUCUCUCUCUCUAAGUAUCCGUGGUGUGAUGCAAAAGGCUGAGUUUGAGGGCUCCACCCAGGCUGGUUCCAUGAAGACCCUGACGCUGAGAGAGCUGACCCAGCAGAGAGAGACUGCGCUGGGAAAGACUGCUCUGACGCUGGUGAGGGGGGGAUGCUGAAACAGGGCCCUGUCUCCUCAGCAACACUAAAAAAGUACUUCCUCGCGGAAUUUCAGAAUGUUAAAAAUAAAUGUCCCCACGUAAUAGCAGAAAAAAUUAAAUAGCUUGUAUUUAUGCAUGAUAUAUGAAAACAAUUUUCUAAACAUUAACAAUGAUUCAUAUUUGUUCAUAUUUAAGCUACGGUUUCAUUAAAUUGGGGUUUUAAAACUUGUUCCAAGGUCAAAUAAAUGCCCCCAAUGCAAAUCACUGUGAAUGGAAUACAUAUUGGCUUAUAGAGCAAACACUAUUCUAGGUGCCACAGUAGAAGUGUCGUAGGGAAUACUCUGUAAGGUCUGUAGAAUGUAGAUAUGGUAUAAUUUCACAGGGCUCUGAAUAAUACAGAGUGUUGGUGGACUUUUACUGUGGUCAAACAGCUUAAAAUGGGGUGCCUGGACACCAUAUGGUACAAAUAUAGCACUGUACGGGAAGGAACACUCUGUAUUAUUCAGAGCCCCAUGAAAUGACACCAUAUAUACAUUCUACAGACCCUACUGAGUGUUCCCUACAAUGCUUCUACUGCGGCACCUAGAAUAGUUUUUGCUCUAUAAGCCAAUAUGUAUAGCACAUACAGUGAUUCGCAUUGAUGCCAAUGGAAUGGGUGGAGUAAAAGGCCAGCAACACUCCAUAUUAUUCAUAGCCUCAUGAAAUGACACCAUUACAUUCUACAGCCCUUGAGUACUUCCCACCCCACUUUUACAUCGGCACAAUUAAUCGUAUAGUGUCCAGGCAUCCCAUUUUAAGAUGUUCGACCACUGUAAAAGUCCAGCAACUCUUCCUAUGACCUAGCUUUUUCUUUUAACUCAUCUGAUUUGUAUUCUAGGGACUCUAGUGAGCACACUGGGCCCUGGUUUUAUGGACACACAAUCAAUCGCUUCUCCUGUGUGCCAUUUGUCUGUGCAAUGCAACAAAAAAUACAGUACUUUUUUUCUUAAACAUUACAUUUCAAAAUUGCAUCCUUGAACAAUAGCACCAGUAAAUAAACAAGAAUCAUACAAUCGAAAUAUAUAUAUUUUUUAAAUGUUUAGUGUAUCUUUUUUUUAACCAGUAGGCUAUUAUUAUGUUCUUGACAUUCAUUUACUUAAGUGCCAACCAUUUUCUCAAUGUGCUCCACCUUAUAAUAUUCUUUAUCUUACUAUAUAUAAAGUAGUAAUUCUCUUUAGUUUUUUCCCCCAUGUAGUUAUUAUAGUUUUCCUAAUUUUAACAUUAUACGCUAUGCAAAGUUGCAAAAAAUACUGAUUUCGUAGCAGACACAUAGCGUUUUACCGCAGACUUUAAUUUUGAAGGCAAAAUCAGGAAACCUGAAGUAUAAAUGUGGAUAGGAUCCAGCUAGUGUUGCUGCCAUGAAGCUGUUCCCUGUCUCCAUACCAUUUUAGAGACCUUGUUCUCUUAGGGGACGUCAUUAAAUAGCUAUAAUCAGCCCUUUCAUGAAGGUUCAUAGCAUUAUAUCUCUAACCUAUUCCUCUGACUAAGGAAAAUGAAUGGGUUUAUUCUUGCUAAUUUGUGUUGCAGUGUCCUUUACACACAUACACUGUCAGAGCAAUUACACAUUUGUAAUACCAGGUGGGGGUAAAAGUAGGCUAUAAAUUGUCAGGAUUUCCAUAUAGGACACACCAAUUUAUCAAAUGAAUGAAUUGCUUGCGUUGUCCAUAUUUGUACCAAGUGGUUCUCUGUAGCUCAAUUGGUAGAGCAUGGCGCUUGUAACGCCAGGGUAGUGGGUUCGAUCCCCGGGACCACCCAUACGUAAAAAUGUAUGCACGCAUGACUGUAAGUCGCUUUGGAUAAAAGUGUCUGCUAAAUGGCAUAUUAUAUUAUAUUUACCAGAACUUGAACUACGGCUUCCCCUGUAUCUACAGUACAUGCUCUCCAUGAUGUCUGCUUUCUGUAUGUGUGCAGGUCCGUAGAGCAGCACUGCAGGCCCUCCUGGAGCAUGAGAGACAGCAGUACGUCAUAGAGCUCAACAGACUGGGCAAGGCCAUCUACAAACAGAGAGUCUAG